AUGGCGGUGAAACAGGAGCGCCCCGUAAAGGCGGAAAAAGGGAAGUCUGCUCCCUCGCAGAAUUACCGCGAUAUACCGCUAUUCUCCAUGGAUACGCGCGGCGCAAUUACGCAUCUUAUGAAAUUUGCGCACCAUAACCGCGUGGACCCAAACAAUACGAGCCAAUUUGUGCCGCCGGUGAAGCUGAACAGAAAGACGGCAUUGCGCGAGAAGCAGCGUGCGGCGCAGCCAGGGGAUCCUGUGAUAGACAAAUGGGGAAAGCCCGUACUGACCACCGAAGGCCGCCCUCUUACAUGGCCAGGCACUGCUAUGGAACUCGAGGCCGUGCGCCCGUACCUGAGCUUUGAUAAGGACGAAGACGGGGACGAGGCUAUUGCGCCUGGCUCGGGACAUGUACCGCGCGGCCGGCUAUUCAAGAAGCGUGUGCGCGAGGUGUUCAAGAGUGCGAACGCUGCGCGGCGCACGAGCAACGAAGAGUUUUACCCAUGGGUGCUUGAAGAUUUCGAGACGUCGAACGACUGGGAAAGUGCGCGUCUUCCUGCGCCGAAUAGCAUCGAGGCUCUGGAAUCAUUGUACCUUUCCGAGCGCGAGCGGCGCGAGCGCCUCGCUGCCGCCGGUGUCGAUGAUCCUGGUGCGCCGCUCAUCAAGACCGAAGCCAAGGCAGAAGAAGGCUCGAGCGCUUCGAUGCACGCGCCUUGGAUCGGUCAACUGGAGGGUGACUCUGACGAGAACUCCUCUGCACACCAUGUCUUGUUUGCUUUCGACGAGCGCAACGCCGGCGGUUUCAAAGUCAUCCCCGUCCGACGUCUGUACAAAUUUAUGCAGUUGCAGAAGCACGCCAUCGAUGGCGACGAGGUGGAAGAAGAGUUUCAGCGCUACCAGCGCUCCUCGGACAUGGAGCGCUGGUCGAUGCGGUCCAAGCACCACACAGGCGCGGGCGCACGCAGCGAAGGCAGCGCGCGCAACAUCAUGCAGCGCCUGCCCUCCCUGAAUUUGCCCAACGCCGGUGGCCAAGGCUGGGGCGGUUCGCGCUUGGUGGCUGUGCGAGGCACAGGAGGUGACCAGGAAGGGGAAGAUACAUUUGCCUCGAGGAUACCGAAGCAGGAGACGACUUACGACGAGAUCGACUUUGAAGAGUCGUUUGCGGACGACGAGGAGCCGUCUGGCGCGCAGUUGAAUGACGACGACCCUGAAGCCAAAGAGCUAGAGGAGCGGCUCAAGCGCGAGAUGGUUGCGGACCAUAUCGACGAGGACAAUACGCAGAUCAAGCCUGACCCAGACGAAGACGUGGACAUGGCGGCGGUCAAUCGGCGCUCUGGCGCAGACGACCUGUUCGGCGACACGCUGCAGUACGGCCGGCACGACGAUGCUGUGCUUACAGGCACGGGCCGUCAAAUGCGCAAGAUCAUGAAGGCUUUGAGCCAGCGUGACGGCAACGAUGUAUAUGACAGCGACGAAGAGGCCAAGAAUCCAUACGCAAGCGAGUCUGAGGAAGAGGAGCAGCUGGAUGUCCUGCAUCCCGAGCGCGCGAUUUUGGAGGCACGCGAAGCGCGCGCAAGAGAAGAGAAGCAAGCGCGCGAGUCCACAGACCCACAUUCCACGCCCGAUAUCAGCAGCGUGCGCAGCCAAAGCCCCGAAGGCAGCGGCAUGAAGCGCAAGAGCGAUGUGCAAAAGCGCGACGUACACGACGCAAACAAACGCGCGAAACUGCACUCACCCAACAGCAGCCGCGGCGGUUCACCGCCGCGCUCGCUGACGCCCCUGGAGACCGAGAUUAUCGAGCUCAUCCGGCAAGGCAAGACGGUCGGUACUGCUGAUUUGGUGCAGCACUUUAGGCAGCGGCUUAAGCAGGAGCCCAGCCUGAAGGAGCAGCUGAGUGCAGCGGUGAAGCGGAUUGCAGCAACUCUUUGA